GCGGGGGGCUGCGGGCCGGUGGGGCGGCUGUUAUUUCUGCGGUGCGGGGUCUGUACCCGCUCAGCUCCCGGCUGGCGGCUGCUGCUGCCGCCCCUGCCCGGCGGAGCCGCCGCCAUGCACGACGCCUUCGAGCACGUGCCGAUCCUGGAGAAGCUGCCGCUGCAGAUCGACUGCCUGGCGGCCUGGGAGGAAUGGCUCCUUGUUGGUACCAAACAAGGGCAUCUUCUUCUUUACAGGAUCAAGAAGGACAUAGUGCCAGGAGAGGUUAUGUCAUCAGAAAGUGUCUGUUGCAAUAGAUUUGAAGUGACACUAGAGAAAUCCAACAAGAACUUCUCAAAGAAGAUCCAGCAGAUUCAUGUUGUUUCUCAAUUUAAAAUUCUGGUCAGUCUGUUAGUCCCGGCUCUCCCGACUCCAGCAUGCGUAGAUUUCAGCUGCCUGCGUCCCCAAAAUAACAUUUAUGUCCAUGACCUGUUAACGUUUCAACAAAUAACUACAGUUUCCAAGGCAAAAGGUGCAUCUCUCUUCACCUGUGACCUUCAGCAGUCAGAUAAUGGAGAAGAGGUGCUGAGGAUGUGUGUGGCAGUGCGGAAGAAGCUACAACUUUAUUUUUGGAAGGACAGAGAGUUCCAUGAACUACAAGGUGACUUCAGUGUACCCGAUGUACCCAAAUCUAUGGCCUGGUGUGAAAACUCCAUCUGUGUAGGUUUCAAGAGAGACUAUUACUUGAUACGGGUGGAUGGAAAAGGAUCCAUCAAAGAACUGUUUCCAACAGGGAAGCAACUGGAACCAUUGGUUGCACCUCUAGCAGAUGGAAAAGUUGCAGUUGGCCAAGAUGAUCUAACGGUUGUCCUCAACGAAGAAGGGGUCUGUACCCAGAAAUGUGCACUGAAUUGGACAGAUAUUCCAAUAGCCAUGGAACAUCAGCCUCCCUACAUCAUUGCUGUUCUGCCAAGGUAUGUGGAGAUCCGCACGUUUGAACCCCGACUGCUGGUACAGAGUAUUGAGCUGCAGAGACCACGCUUCAUCACCUCUGGAGGGACAAAUAUCAUAUAUGUGGCUAGUAAUCACUUUGUUUGGCGACUCAUCCCUGUGUCCAUAGCCACACAGAUCCAGCAGCUUCUGCAGGAUAAGCAGUUUGAGUUGGCUUUGCAGUUGGCAGAAAUGAAAGAUGAUUCAGAUAGUGAGAAGCGACAACAAAUUCACCACAUAAAGAACCUCUUUGCCUUCAACCUCUUCUGUCAGAAGCGCUUUGAUGAGUCAAUGCAAGUUUUUGCCAAACUUGGUACAGAUCCCACUCACGUGAUGGGUCUGUAUCCUGACCUACUGCCAACAGAUUACAGGAAACAGUUACAGUAUCCCAACCCCCUGCCAGGUCUCUCUGGGACAGAGCUGGAGAAGGCACAUUUAGCUCUGAUAGACUACCUAACGCAAAAAAGGAGUCAGCUGGUGAAGAAGCUAAAUGAUUCUGACCAUCAAUCCAGUACCUCACCCCUCAUGGAAGGAACACCCACAAUCAAAUCCAAAAAGAAGCUGUUACAAAUCAUUGAUACCACCCUGUUAAAAUGCUACCUCCAUACAAAUGUAGCACUUGUGGCACCGUUGCUACGUUUGGAGAACAAUCAUUGCCACAUUGAGGAGAGUGAACAUGUACUGAAGAAGGCUCAUAAAUACAGUGAGCUCAUAAUAUUGUAUGAGAAGAAAGGUCUGCAUGAGAAAGCAUUACAGGUGCUGGUGGAUCAGUCAAAGAAAGCUAACUCGCCUUUGAAGGGUCAUGAGAGGACAGUGCAGUAUCUGCAGCAUUUGGGUGCAGAGAAUUUGCACUUGGUAUUUUCCUAUUCUGUCUGGGUGCUAAGAGAUUACCCCGAAGAUGGGCUAAAGAUCUUUACAGAAGACCUCCCUGAAGUGGAAGCAUUGCCACGAGACAGAGUGCUCAGUUUUUUGAUUGAGAAUUUUAAAAGUUUGGCUAUUCCUUAUCUGGAACACAUCAUUCAUGUCUGGGAAGAAACUGGUGCAGACUUCCACAACUGUCUGAUCCAGCUGUACAGUGAGAAAGUGCAGGCCUUAAUGAAAGAAUAUCUCAGCUCUUUCCCAGCAGAUAGAUCUCCAGUGCCUGCUGGGGAGGAAGGAGGAGACUUAGGGGAUUACCGGAAAAAACUACUUCUUUUUUUGGAGAAGUCUAGCUGUUAUGAACCUAGUCGACUAAUUAGUGACUUUCCCUUUGAUGGUCUUCUUGAAGAACGUGCUCUGCUCUUGGGUCGUAUGGGGAAGCAUGAGCAAGCUCUGUUUAUUUAUGUUCAUAUUCUGAAGGACACCAACAUGGCUGAAAACUACUGCCAUAAACAUUAUGACAGAAACAAAGAUGGCAACAAAGAUGUCUAUCUGUCUCUGCUCCGGAUGUAUCUCUCCCCACCUAGUGUUCAUUGCUUGGGGCCAAUCAAGAUGGAAGUGCUGGAGCCUCAAGCCAAUCUGCAGGCUGCUCUACAGGUGUUGGAGCUACAUCACAGCAAACUAGAUACCACCAAGGCAAUAAACCUUCUUCCAGCAAAUACACAGAUUAGUGAGAUUCGGAUCUUCCUAGAGAAAGUCCUUGAAGAAAAUGCUCAGAAGAAAAGAUUCAAUCAAGUACUCAAGAAUCUUCUCCAUGCUGAGUUUCUAAGGGUUCAGGAGGAACGGAUCUUGCAUCAGCAAGUAAAGUGCAUUAUUACAGAGGAGAAAGUGUGCACUGUAUGUAAAAAGAAGAUAGGCAACAGUGCAUUUGCCCGGUACCCUAAUGCAAUAGUUGUGCAUUAUUUCUGCUCCAAAGAAGUCAACACGUUGGACACCUGACCUGGCCUUAUUCAAUAAUCCCAACACUCCGUUGAAGUUCAGAAGAGCUGACUUAAAAAGUUGAUGCUUCUGAGAUUAUUGAGGCUUGUUUCUAGGUUCUCACUGGGUAUAAGUCAUUUGUAUCUAAGGACAGACUGUAUCUACAUGGUGAUAUUGAUUUACUAGAAAAUGACUUAACCUUGUCAUUGUAGUGCUGACACUAUGUUGAACCUCUCAGUACUCAGAUGAAGAAUAAAAACUGAUCAGCCAUAAGCUUUGUAAUGCUCUCCAACUUGCGAAAUGAGUUGUCAGACAAUUGCAAGCUGUUCACAAGUCAGCUUGGACAGCAGAAUUCCUCCUUGGGGUAACAGUGUUUUGAUUUGGCCUUGUAUGUAAAUAGUCCUUCAAAAAAGAAAAUGUAUUUUGAGUCUUUGCAGCUGUAUCACCACCGCAUGUAAAUCACCAGAUGUAUGGCAUAAGGAAGGCUUCUCUGCCUAUUUCUAGAUGUAGAAAAUAGUUUUAUUUUCAUCACAGUAAUGGGAAUAUUUAAAUGUUGGCCAAGGAAUCCAUUUAUUGAUGUUCAGUGUUAUCACCUGGCUUUCAGAUAAACAGAAUUUGCACGGGGGAUAGUCAGGCAAACAGCAAGCACGUCACUGAAGAGCUGCUCUUUUUCUUUUUGGGAACUGUAAAUUGAAUUAAUUUGUGCGCUGUUGGCUGACUUUGGUCACUCUUAGCUUCCAGUCAUGCUUAGAGACUGUUGUAAGAAGUUCACAUCUGCAUUCAUGCAAAAAGCAAAGAACACCCUGGAAAGCAACUUUUUUGAGGGAUUAAAUUACAAUUAUUGCUUGAACUUCUUGACUACACUUAAGAUGUUGUGUAUAGGAAGCUCUUUGGUCACUGUUUCACUUCCCAGCAUUGAGGUAAAAUCUGGACUAUUUCAACAUCUCUCCUUUUCAAUUGCUUUGGAACAACUGUAUUCUGUGCAGGCUGGUACUGUUCUUAAGUUACACUUGGGCCAGAGGUCUAAACUGCAAAAACUGGGUUGUAUCAUACUCCUUGUAGGCUGUAAUAUUUUUGUCUUAACUUAUUUUCCCAUAAGCUGUAAUCUGUAGCAAGUUGGUACUGGAAAUAUUGAAAUGUGUGAUUGGUGCAGAAAAAAUGUGAGCCGUGGUAUUGAAAAGGAAGCAGUAGCACAUAACUUAAUUGACUUGAUCUUUGUCUCCAAAUUGACUGCAGCAAUAGUUAUAGAUUUGUAAUGAUUAAAUAAUAUUGUUCACAAUAUGUAACUAUCAGAUGUUACAUCUUAAUGAUUGAGUAAUAAAGCCUUUCUGCCUAAGGUGUAACUGAAUGUCAGCUAACCUCGUAGGUUUAGUUAAGCCAUUGUUGUAUGGAUGUGUCUUUUAGGAACAGACCUGCAGUAAGCUGUCAGGAGUCCUAAUUCACUUUAAUUUACCACUAUUACUGUUUUCCUUUGGUAACUGUAUUCCUUUCCCACAUGUUUCUAUUUAUUGUUUAUAUGCUGUGCAUUCCUAUGAGUUUCAUGGUCCAGUGUUUUGCUACUUUUGUGCUUGUGUAUCUUGGGUAGUAUUGCUACUAAUGUCUUUCUGUAGAAUAUGGGAAGAGGGUAUCUGUGGUGUUAGUGUUUUUAACCUUGUAUUUCUUCUAUUUGAAGAAGAGAGUCUAAAGUACUUAUAUUCAAUUUGCACAUUCUGUAUAGGUCUUUAUAUACUAGUUCAGGUACAGAGGGAAGGUAAUUUGGGAGAGUUGUGUUUACAGAUCAUUGAGAACGAAAGGAGGGUAUUUAUCAGGCCCUGUAUUCUUUAUAUACAAACACGACAAUAUUGCUCUGAUUUUUACCUAUCUUAGAUUUAAUACUGUUUUAUUUACUUUCAUCAUCCACUGCCUGGAGAGUGGUAUUAGCAUCUGAGGAAAUUCAUUGUGCUCUUAUUUCAUGGUUACGGUUGUGCCUCUGUUCAUCUCUGUUGCGUAGCCUUUACAAAGAAGUGAUCUGUGCUGUAUUUUUUCCUUUUGUUGGUUCUUACCAUGUGGCUUGGAUUUACUUAACCAUGCAGCUGGUUUGUCUAAAGCAAUAGACUGUAAUAAAUAUUGUGAACCAGUUUGUGUUUCAGUCAUUCUGCAGUUAAACUUUCUGGGCUACUCAGUUUAUUUUAAUAAUCUUUGCUUUCUUCUGGAAGUCAGAUUUAAUGCGGGGGUUCUCAGCAUCACUUCUGCUUUAAUGUGUAAUUCAGAUAAGGCCACAUCACUUCAGAGCUGUUACUGCUUCUCAACUUCUGCUUCGGAUCUACAGGUUUAUAGUAUGUUUGUGAAUGUUCUCAGAAUCCUACUAAAAUCACUUUUGUAUCCUUUGAAUAAUGUUCUUGAAAGCCUUAUACAAUUAAAUACAUAUUUACUAGAGAAUACUAAAAUCA